AUGGAGACUCUCGACUUCGUCGUCAUCGGGGCAGGAUGGUACGGUCUGGCUACAGCCAAGACUCACCACCAGCUUCACCCGGAGAACUCGCUGGCACUCUUCGAGCAAGCCUCUUCCGCUGGUGGAGUAUGGGCCGAGCACCGUCUCUAUCCGGGGCUGAAGAGCAAUAACAUGCUCGGUACCUAUGAGUACCCUGACUUUCCCAUGGACCCCGAAACCUUUGGCAUCUUGCCCGGACAGCACAUCCCCGGUCAGGUUUUGCACGAUUACUUGACCAAGUACGCUCAGACGUUCGGCAUCUUCGACAAGAUCCGCUUCCAGCACAAGCUCCUUUCGGCAGAGCACCAAACCAACGGCGGCUGGGUCCUGACGGUUCUCAACGGCAAAGACGGCAAGGAAUCCCAGGUGCUUGCGAAGAAGCUGGUGAUCGCAACCGGUCUCACUUCCGAGGCCUUCCUGCCCAACUUUGAGGGCCAGGAGACGUUCGGCGCCCCUAUCUUUCACGGCAAGGACUUUCUCCAGCAUGCCGACACCCUCGACUCGGCUCAGUCUGUCACGGUUUUCGGCGGCACCAAGUCGGCGUGGGAUCUCGUGUAUGCCUACGCGAUCAAGGGCAUCAAGGUGAACUGGGUCAUCAGAGAAUCGGGACACGGACCCGUAUGGAUGGCCCCUCCAUAUGUCACGCCCUUGAAGAAGUGGCUCGAGAAGCUCGUCCACACCCGGGCAUUGACCUGGUUCAGCCCCUGCUCGUGGGGUGACGCUGACGGAUACGUCAAGACCAGGAACUUCUACCACGGCACGGCGAUUGGCCGCGGUAUCACCAACAAUUUUUGGAGCGUCCUCGGCAACGACGUCAUCACGUUGAACAAGUUCGACUCGCACCCCGAGUUGAAGAAGCUGAAGCCAUGGAGUGAAGCCAUGUUCACGGCGUCCAGCUUUUCCAUCCUGAACUACGAGACAGACUUCUUCGACCUCAUUCGCAACGGGACGGUCAAGGUCCACAUCGCCGACCUUCUUCCCCCCGCCGAGAUGGUCGAAACCAUCGACAAGGAGAUCUUCGGCCGCUGGCCGCGACUCAAGGACCAGCCCGUCCAGAACAAGAAGAUGAAGCCGCUGGUGGAGAACGAGGGCGUCUCAACGACUGAAGCCGUCAACCCGUACACAUCGCUCACACCAUAUGUCCUUCACCGCUUCAUGGCGCCGCCGUCCUCCAAGCUUCUCGCGCACCGUGAUAUUGCCUUUGCGGGCGUGUUGAUGCACUUUACCGUGGCAAUGAUCUCCCACGUGCAGUCGCUUUGGAUCGACGCAUACUUCCAUGGCCAGCUUCCUUCUAUCCGCGAGGCGACGACUGAUGACAAGGCGUUGCAAAAGCUGCGAUACGAGACUGCUCUACAUAGCCGGUUCUGCAAGUGGCGGUAUCCUGCCGGGCAUGGCGACAAGUUCCCCGACUUUGUCUUCGAUGCUGUUCCGUACAUUGACCAGCUGGUGGGCGAUUUGGGCUUGAAGGUGCAUAGAAAGAACGGCAUGAUCGCCGAGGCAUCUGAGCCGUACGGCCCCGAGGAUUACAAGACCUUGGUCGACGAGUGGAAGGAGAAGCAGGUCGCUGACAAAUGA